AUGUCUUUCCUGCUGCAAUGGGGGCAGCUGAUUUUCUGUGCUUUCUUAGGGUGCCUGAGUCCUUUUUGGCUUCCAGAGGCCAUGGCACAAUUCCCACAAGUGUGUAUGACUGUGGAGAGGCUGCAGUCCAAGGAAUGCUGCCCAGCUUUGGGAUCUAAUCCUGACAAUGUGUGCGGUUCACAGCAAGGCAGGGGUGUCUGUGCAAAAGUGCUAGUCGACACCAGGCCCUGGAGUGGCCCCUAUACCCUUCGCAACGUGGACGAUCGGGAGCAAUGGCCACUGAAGUUCUUCAACAGAAGUUGCCAGUGCACAGGAAACUUUGCUGGCUACCAUUGCGGGGACUGCAAAUUUGGCUGGGCAGGGCCCAACUGUGAUGAAAAGAAGCCUCUGGUUGUCCGGAAGAACAUCCAUGCCUUGACCGAGGAAGAGCGAGAACAAUUCUUGGAUGCUCUCAACCGUGCCAAGACCACUGUUCAACCAGACUAUGUGAUUGCUACCCAGCAUUGGCUGAGUCUGCUCGGUCCCAGUGGAAGUGACCCGCAAGUUGCAAAUUGCAGCAUUUAUAACUACUAUGUGUGGCUUCAUUAUUACUCCGUCAGAGCCACUCUGUUAGGACCAGGACGUCCCUUCACAGCAAUGGACUUCUCCCAUCAAGGACCCGCCUUUGUUAGUUGGCAUAGAUACCACUUGCUGCAGCUGGAAAGAGAUUUGCAGCGGAUGAUUGGGAAUGAUUCCUUCGCAUUGCCUUAUUGGAAUUUCGCUACAGGCGGAAAUGAAUGUGAUGUGUGCACUGAUCAGCUUCUUGGAGCAUCGAGUCCAGACAACCCAAACCUAAUAAGUCAGAAUUCAAGGUUUUCACAAUGGGAGAUAGUAUGCAAUAGUUUGGACGACUAUAACAGUCUGGUUAUACUUUGUAAUGGGUCCAACGAAGGGCUUCUGCAGAGGAACCCAUUUAGCAAAGUUGGAGAUCGGCUACCGACCAUGGAAGAUGUUCAAAACUGCCUCUCUCUUCAAGACUUUGAUAAGCCACCUUACUUUUGGAAUUCUACUUUUAGCUUCAGGAAUACUCUGGAAGGCUUUGAUAAAUCUGAUGGAACCCUGGAGGCACCAGUAGUGAGCCUUCAUAACUUGGUUCACUCUGUCUUGAAUGGAACUAAUGCCUUCCCUCAUUCUGCAGCUAAUGAUCCCGUCUUUGUGGUCCUACAUUCCUUUACGGAUGCCAUUUUUGAUGAAUGGAUUAAACGCUUUCACCCGUCUGACAGUGUGUGGCCUGAAGAACUGGCACCCAUUGGCCACAACCGGAUGUUCAACAUGGUGCCUUUUUUCCCUCCUGUCACCAACAAGGAAAUGUUUCUAACUGCAGAAGAACUUGGCUACAGCUAUGCCAUUGACCUGCCUGAAUCAGCUGAAGAGGCCCGUGCUUGGGCUAUUACGGUUGGAUCCACCAUCGGAGGAGCUCUGAUUGCUUUAGUUGUGCUGGUCCUUCUGCUUGUCCUCUUCCAGCGCAGGAGACACCGGAGAGGAUUUGAACCUCUACUAAACGCAAGGUUCACUGUGAAGAAAUACAGCGAAGAAGCCUAA